UGACUGGAGAGGGAGAUGCUGAGCUGGACCUUUCCCCUCAGGGCCGAACCAGUGAUGGCCGUGGACAUGAGGCCACUGCCGAAGGAGCCGGAAUCUGAGAAGAAGAAGCACAAGGGCCACAAGGGGGGGAAGAGACACAAGGACAGCGACAAGCCCAACAUCUCGUACCCGACCAACUUCGAGCACACCAUCCACGUGGGCUUCGAUGCGUGCACCGGCGAGUUCACGGGCAUGCCCGAUUCAUGGACUAAGCUACUCUCCAUGUCCAACAUUAGCAAACAAGAACAGAAGAAUAAUCCUCAGGCAGUACUGGAUGUGCUCAAUUACUACGAUGCAUCCACCAAAGAACAUCAAACGAGCAAAUUCAUGACUGUUGCGAAAACCGUUGACCCAUCGCCUAGACCUAGCUACCAGGGUGGUGUUAACAUCUCAAGUUACCCGGCAACUCCUUCGCCACACAAGAUCUCAGAUGCUUCAUCAGGAUCGCCAUCAACUCCCGAAACGUGCUCAGAAGUCAGUGUUCCAGAAGAGGAAGAGGAGGAACCACCACCUCCUCCAGUAGCCACGAGACCAGAACGUACAAAAUCCAUAUACACUAAACCGGUAGAAGAUGAGGCAAAUGCAAAUGGUGCUCCUUUGGAUAGUAACCGCAACCCCCAGGCAGCUCCCAUUGUUGCACCACCGAAUGCUGUGUCUGCAGUGCCACCCACCAAUACUACUACUACAAGUGCUAGCACAGCAAUAGAAAGGACAGCUGAGAAACAGAAGAAGAAAAAGAUGAGCGAUGAAGAAAUUUUAGAGCGUUUAAGAGCUAUAGUGUCUGUAGGCGAUCCAAACAGAAAGUACACGAAAAUGGAGAAAAUUGGACAGGGAGCUUCUGGUACUGUUUAUACUGCAAUAGAAACAGCGACAGGAGUGGAGGUAGCCAUUAAGCAGAUGAAUCUCUCUCAGCAACCUAAGAAGGAGCUAAUAAUCAAUGAAAUUAUGGUCAUGCGUGAAAACAAGCAUCCCAAUGUCGUUAACUACUUGGACUCUUAUCUUGUGAGCGAGGAACUCUGGGUUGUUAUGGAGUACCUCCCUGGAGGUUCCUUGACAGAUGUCGUCACAGAAACUUGUAUGGAUGAGGGUCAGAUUGCAGCUGUCUGUAGGGAGGUCCUACAAGCUUUGGAGUUCCUGCACGUUAAUCAGGUCAUACAUCGAGACAUUAAAUCAGAUAAUAUUCUAUUAGGCAUGGACGGAAGUGUCAAGCUCACUGACUUUGGUUUUUGUGCACAAAUAUCGCCGGAGCAAAACAAAAGGACCACCAUGGUUGGGACGCCGUACUGGAUGGCCCCGGAGGUGGUGACGCGAAAACAGUAUGGACCCAAAGUGGAUAUAUGGUCGCUUGGAAUUAUGGCUAUUGAAAUGAUUGAAGGAGAACCACCAUACCUGAAUGAAAAUCCUCUGAGAGCUUUGUACCUGAUAGCCACAAAUGGUAAGCCCGAAAUCAAGGAGCGGGAAAAGUUGUCUCACGUAUUUCAGGAUUUCCUUGACCAAUGCCUAGAAGUUGAAGUUGAAAAGAGAUCGACUGCUAAUCAUCUUCUAAAGCAUCCAUUUUUAAAGCUAGCAAGACCUCUCUCAAGCCUCCACCCUCUCAUUGUGGCAGCCAAAGAAGCCGCCAAGAGCCAUUAGUGACGAUUCUCAACUAGCAGUGUUAUUGUGAUGCAGUCCUCCUAGUGCCCAUUGAUACCCUGUUUGCAUAGUUAUUUGCUGGCAGCUAGAAGAAAGCAAUCGAGCGUCUUGUUGCAGGCCGUGGAUAUAUUUGUUAUACUCUUCAAAUACUGGCUGUGAGCAAGAGCAACCCCCAUGCUACACCAGCCCAGUAUCUUGUUAGCAAUGCAGUGAACCUUUCCGUGCUAGGUGUAUUCACUUCUUAUUCAGUAAGAAUUUCCAUUUUGCAGUGUGCGUGGACAAGAAUUGUGCUCAGUCUUGUCGCAGUUAAUGACAUGAAAGCUUCUUCUCCCAGAUGACCGAUAUGAAUUGCAUGGUGAGGAAAAGCAAGGGUGGGAUUGUUCUAAGAAGUUUGGUAUGGCAUGAAGAAAUUAGAAAUUAUCAUCAUUAUUAUUAUUAUUAUUAUUGUAUCCAUUAUUUUUAUUAUUCAUUUGAUCAUUAUUUUCAGUAAUACAAACAGUAAAAUCCUAAUGAUAUUACUACUCAUAUUAUCUUCGUUCAUAGGAAUGAUUAGGAAGGUAGUUCAUAUAGUAGCACUGAUAUUGCCAAAUGGAAACUGUGGGGUGUUUAUACCAGACAGUACAGUAUGCUCAUAUGAUUAAUUGAGUUCCAUGAAAGAAAAUUUUUUGACAGUUGUAGAUUUUUUUUUUUUUUCUUUCUUUUCUUUUCUU